UAUAUACUGAGACACCUAACCGGGAAGUGUAGGGAGGGAAAGAGGGAAGAGACUGGAAUCCUUCGCUAAACCCAUCUCUCAAAUCCUCUAUUCGAAUUGAUUUCUAUGCAGAGAUCAAAUCAAAAUCGUUGUCUUUUGGUUUGAUGGGUCCUUAGUUAUAUCUGCUUGUUUGAAGCUUUACUUGUCCUUCUAUUUAGGUAGUACUAAAUGGAUAUCGAGCAGAAGCAAGCGGAGCUGAUUGAGUACUUCGUCAAGCAAGCAGAGAAUCACAAAGAGGCAUCUCUUGCGAAUGUAAUAGUUGAAGCAACUUCGCAUUCGUCUCUCUUUGCGUUUUCAGAGAUUCUUGCCGUUCCUAACGUUGCCGAGCUUCAGGGGACUGAGUACUCCAUGUUUCUUGAUGUGCUUCGUCUGUUUGCUCAUGGCACAUGGAGUGAUUACAAGAGUAAUGCCUCCCGUCUCCUACCACUAGUACCUGAUCAAGUCCGCAAGCUAAAGCAACUUAGUGUGCUUACCCUUGCUGAAAUAAACAAGGUACUCCCCUAUGAUCAAUUAAUGCAGGAACUGGAUGUUACAAAUGUACGUGAACUUGAAGAUUUCCUUAUUAAUGAGUGCAUGUAUGCGGGCAUAGUUAGAGGAAAGCUGGAUCAGUUGCGGAGAUGCUUUGAGGUGCAAUUUGCUGCUGGGAGGGAUCUGAGACCCGGGCAGCUUGGGUGUAUGAUACAAACGUUAACAAGCUGGUUAACUACUUCAGAUAGUCUCCUCCUCUCAAUCCAAGAGAAGAUAAAAUGGGCAGAUACGAUGAGUGAGUUGGACAAGAAGCACCAGAAGGAAGUUGAAGACAGGGUGGAGGAAGUGAAGAAAUCUCUCUCCCUCAAGAAAGAAAUAUUGGGAUGUGUUGGUCGAUGUGUUUUACUUACGUGGUGGCAGAAGUUACACACUGUAAGCAGGCAGACAUGGAAUUCCGGGGACAUGAGGAGAUCAUCUACUCUGAACCUGGUGGAGUGAUGGAUUAUGAGGAAGAUCGUAGCCGUCCCAAGAGGAGACGGCCACCCAUAUCUUGAGGUGAAAAGAAAAGAAAAUUAGGUGUGACCCAUUCGACAGUUUCUUUCAUGUGGUUUGCCAGAUUUUAUUGAUGGCAUUGCAGCAUCUUUUAGUGUUUGCUUUUCAAAGCAUUGUGUGGACUUGCGGUCAAUCUGUACAAGCUGAGUAUAUUCACUGUACUGAUGAUGAUUCAUGACAUGCUUUUUUGUUUAAAUUUGAUUAUUGUGAGUCGAAUCCGAUGGGCGUCAUCGGAGAGAACAAAGGUCAUAUAUUGAAGUGAGGCUGGGAAAAUCAUACAAAGUUACAAUGCAUUGAAGAGUGUAAUUUUAU